AUGGAAGCCAGUGCCUCAGAUGAUGUGGAUAAACUGAAGUCUCGUUUUUUAUCUGCGUGGCAUAAUGUGAAGUAUAGCUGGGUCCUCAGGACAAGAACCUAUUUUAGGCGGAAUUCACCAGUGUUUUUGCUUGGGAAAUGCUACCACUUCAAACUUGAAGACUCUAGUGAGGUCUUUCCUGAUGUCUCGGAGACCAAGACGGUGGCUAAUGGAGAUGCAUGUGGUACAGUGGAGGAGUUCCGAAAGGACUUUAUCUCCAGGAUAUGGCUGACAUACAGAGAGGAGUUCCCCCAAUUGGAGGGGUCAACAUGGACAACAGACUGCGGUUGGGGCUGCACUUUGCGGACUGGACAAAUGCUGCUGGCUCAGGGACUACUAGUUCAUUUUAUUGGACGAGAUUGGCUAUGGCCCUGUGCCCUAGACAUUUACAGCCCUGAGGCAGACUUCUGGUCGGGUAACAGCACAAGAAAGCUUGCUCCAACUGAGGCAUCGUAUGUUGACCAUAUCAACUAUGGGACCACCUCUAGCAAACCACUACAGAUCAAAGACUAUGAUGAGAAUAACCAAGCUGAGUUCUACCACAAGAAGAUAAUCUCCUGGUUUGCAGACCACCCCUUGGCUGACUUUGGUAUACAUCAGCUGAUCAAGCUUGGCAAGAGUUCUGGCAAAGCUGCCGGUGACUGGUAUGGCCCAGCCAUAGUAUCUCACCUCUUGAGAAAAGCAAUUGAAGAGUCUGUAGACCCAGAGCUGCGAGGGAUCACGAUUUAUGUUGCUCAGGACUGUACGAUUUACAGCGGAGACGUGUACAACCAACAGAGCAACUCAGACUGUGAAAAAUCCAUUCUGAUUCUGGUUCCCGUGAGACUGGGCGGAGAGAGGACCAACAUGGAGUACCUUGAGUUUGUAAAGGGGAUUCUAAGCCUUGAAUACUGCAUCGGAAUAAUUGGUGGGCGGCCAAAACAGUCCUAUUACUUUGUAGGAUUUCAAGAUGACAGUUUGAUAUACAUGGAUCCUCAUUACUGCCAAUCUUUUGUAGAUGUCAGCAAAAAGGAUUUCCCUCUCGAGUCAUUCCACUGCCCCUCGCCGAAGAAAAUGCCGUUCAGAAAAAUGGAUCCGAGUUGCACAAUUGGAUUUUAUUGCAAAAACGCUCAGGACUUUAAGAGGGUUGAGGAGGAGCUCACAAAGGUUCUAAAGUCUUCCAGCAAACAGAACUAUCCAUUAUUUACCUUUGUCAAUGGACACGCUCAAGACUUUGAUUUCGCUUGCUCGCCGCUGUUUGAGCAGUCUGACCUUUUCACGGAGGAGGACAAGACGAGAUUAAAUAGCUACAACGCAGAGGAGUUUGUCUUGCUGUAA